AUGAUGAGUGAUGAAACUGUUGAAACAGCCGUACCUUUGAUGGGUGACAAAAAUGUUGAAACAGUCUUGCCUCCACCUAUUUCAUAUGAGAACCCAAAUAUCCAACUUCCCAUUGUCAAGCUUGACAACAACAAUUACUUGGAUUGGUCACGGUCUAUGAAGCUGAUUCUUCGGAGUCGAGGGAAGUUGGGAUUAGGAAAUAUGACAACUAAUGAGACUGGUGAUCUCCGUUCAGCUGGGGUAUUUCAAGUUCUUGAUGUUGGUUGUGGGGUUGCCAGUUUCUCAGCUUAUCUACUUCCAAUGGACAUACAAACGAUGUCCUUUGCUCCAAAAGAUGUCCAUGAGAAUCAGAUUCAGUUUGCAUUAGAGCGUGGAAUUGGUGCAAUGAUUUCUGGAUUAGCCACAAAGCAGCUACCAUUUCCCUCUAAUUCAUUUGAAAUGCCCUCUACACCUGACGACAUUACUUCCUAUUCCAAGUUUGUGAACCAGUUUCGGGUUUAUGAUUUUUUGGCUGGUCGUAAGGCUGAAUAUGAUCCAAUUCGGGUGCAAGUUCUUGGUAGGAUUCCUUUCCCAACAUUGGAGCAGGCUUUUUCUUAUGUUCACACUGAAGAGACACGUCGGGCUGCUAUGAUGUCGACUCCUACUGUUGAGAGAUCAGCCCUACAGGCUGUUGGUUCCAACUCCUCUACUGCUUCUGAGAGUAGUGCUUCUACUGCUGCUGCUCCUGCAAGAGAGCCAAUCAAGUGUGGGGAGAGUGUUAGUGAGGAUGUGCUAACCAUAGAACCUCCCCUACAGUCUGUUUACAAUGAGUCUGUCCCUAUUCCUUCUACUCCUAGUCCUCCCUUUGCUUCAGGGGGAGAGGUUCCUGUACAGGAGGAGACCAUCCCAGAUGAUGUUAUUGACAUUCCUACUCAAGGGGAGCAGACUCCAGUCCAGAAAACCAUUAGUGACUUUCAAUGGAGGAUUAAUGAAUCUAAUUUGCAGACUUAUACAAGGAAACAGAAGCAGCUUUAA